AUGGGUGUGCAAUCAAAACUCCCUAGAGUGAAAGAUAAGCGUCUAGUCAAGCAUGCUCCACCGAGGGUGUAUCAUCAAAAUGAGGGAAGUCACGUUGUUUACGUGAAGUCAUCAACACCAUUUGUAUCUGCUAUCAAGCGAAUAGAGCGAUGCCUAGAUGGAUUCAGGCCUGUUCCUAACAGACGCGGUAAAUACGUGGCAAAAUCAGGAAAACAUAUCAAAUAUAUAGAGGUUAAAGGUAUGGGAUGGGCGAUGAGCAAGGUUAUGAAUCUCGGUUUGCAUUUUAAGUAUGAGAAACAGCUGAAAGUUGAAGUAUACACUAAGACCAUUGGUGUUUUCGAUGAGUUUGUGGGUUCUGAUGAUGAGACAUUUCAGAAACGGAAUGUAAGCAGCGUAGAAUUGCAUAUAAUGAUAUGA